CAGAGGUCGCAAGAGACCGGUCCCUGUGGUUAUGUUCAUGCUUCCUUUCAUAUAAUGCGAAUUUUUAGGUUACUACUCUAGACAGUUCUCAUAUGGCUCUGGAGGCAACCGCAGUGGAAUGACGGCCAAAGUAAGGAAUUUAUUAUCAUGUUAGCGUUAGUGAAUAAUGAAUUGAAAACAAUAUCACUUCCUCCCAGACUGAGGCAGUCAAAAAACAGUAGGCUAUUCUAAAAUGUCAACUAUCUCACACGUAAGCAACUCGUGGUUUGAAAGUUUUAUAAUUAUGUAGACGGAGAUUUCUUUACAUCCAUCCAUCCAUUUUCUAUACCGCUUCUCCUGGAAAUUUCUGUAUAUAAACAAAAAAUGCCACUGUCAGACCUUCUGGACAGUCUGAAGGACAACCCCUACUUUGGGGCUGGGUUUGGACUGGUUGGUGUUGGAACAGCAUUGGCCCUGGCCAGGAAAGGAGCCCAGGUGGGGAUGGUGUUUUUUCGCAGACACUACAUGAUCACCUUGGAAGUCCCGAGCAAGGAUAAGAGCUAUCACUGGUUGCUGAGUUGGAUCACAAAGCAUGCCAGGCACACACAGCACCUAAGUGUGGAGACUUCCUAUCUGGCACAUGAGAGUGGACGGGUUCACACUCAGUUCGACUUUCAUCCGAGCCCUGGGAACCACAUCAUCUGGUAUGGGAGGAAGUGGAUCAGGGUGGAGCGGACCAGAGAGAAACAGAUGAUUGACCUGCACACUGGAACCCCUUGGGAGUCUGUCACAUUUACAGCAUUAGGCAGAGACAGACAAAUCUUCUUCAAUAUCUUACAAGAAGCCAGAGAAUUAGCCUUGAAACAGGAGGAAGGACGGACAGUGAUGUACACAGCCAUGGGAGCGGAGUGGAGGCCCUUUGGAUUCCCACGGCGACGCAGACCCCUCAGCUCUGUGGUGCUGGAGGCGGGUGUGGCCGAAAGAAUUGUCGACGACGUGAAGGAGUUCAUUGGAAACCCUAAGUGGUAUACAGAUCGUGGCAUACCUUACAGAAGAGGAUAUCUGUUAUAUGGGCCACCGGGAUGUGGAAAAAGCAGCUUUAUCACGGCACUGGCCGGAGAGCUGGGCUAUAGUAUCUGUUUGAUGAGUCUGAGCGACCGCUCGCUUGCAGAUGACCGUCUGAACCAUCUAUUGAGCGUGGCACCGCAGCAAAGUAUAAUACUGUUGGAGGACGUCGACGCUGCAUUUGUUAGCAGAGAACUGCUCCCAACAGAGAACCCUUUAGCCUUCCAGGGAAUGGGAAGGCUGACCUUCAGUGGCCUGCUGAACUCUCUGGAUGGAGUGGCUUCAUCUGAGGCCAGAAUUGUAUUUAUGACAACCAAUUUCAUUGACAGGUUAGAUUCAGCGCUAAUCCGGCCCGGCCGUGUUGAUCUGAAGCAAUACAUUGGGCACUGUACCCACUGGCAGCUCACCCAGAUGUUCAGACGGUUCUAUCCAGAUGCGCCCGCCUCUGAGGGAGAGCGUUUUGCCAAGUGUGCGCUCUCUGCCCACACUACAAUCAGCGCUGCUCAAGUGCAAGGACACUUUCUUUUGCACAAAAUGGACCCAGAAGGAUCCAUAGACAAUGUUGCCAAAAUAAAGGAAUGACCGGACAGGAUGCUUUUUUAAAAAAAAAAAAAAAGAGUAUCAAGGAUAGCAUUGUUGCAUAUUUAUAUAAAAAAAACAAAUGUUUCUUUGACCAUUGAGGUGUGCCAUUACAAACACUGGACUUCUUGAUCAUGAAACUGUGUCCUGGAAUAACGAUGAUAUUUUUUAAGUUGUGUAAAUGCAUUUUAUUUUUGUUAAUGUUUGUGUUUUAAAUAAAUGAAUAUUUGAAAUCAGUUAAAUCUACCAACAUGCUAAUUAAUUGCGUUUUUCUAUUGCCCAUUGUAAGGAGGAAUUUUUAAUUAUGGCCUAUGACUAUGUCCUGCUCGCUGACAUUUUGAAGCUACAGCCAACGAUACAGUUUGCAAUGCUUUUUUCAAAAUACCAUAAAUGUGGAACUAUGAAAAUGAUUCCAAUGGUUUCUGAAGCGUAGGAGUCUGUUUUCUAGUGAUACAGUGGUGUGCAAAAGUGUUUGCCCCCUUCCUGAUUUCUUGUCACAAUGAAAUGUAUGAGAUCAUCAAACAAAUUUAAAUAUAAGUCAAUGACAACACAAAAUGCAGUUUUUAAAUGAAACUUUGUAUUAUUAAGAGAGAAAAAAAUCCAAGCCUACACGGCCCUGUGUGAAAAAGUGAUUGCCCCCCCUGUUAAAACAUAACUGAGAUUAAUUGCAAUCUUUUAAUUGAGAUAAAGCUUUGGGACUCCAGCGAACCACCGUCAGAGCCAUUACCCACAAAUGGCGAAAACAUACAACAGUGGCGAACCUUCCCAGUAGUGGCCGGGCAACCAAAACUACCCCAGGAGCGCAGCGACUACUCAUCCAGGAGGUCACAAAAGACCCCACAACAACACCCAAAGAACUGCAGGCCUCACUUGCCUCAGUUAAGGUCAGUGUUCAUGGCUCCACCAUAAGAAAGACACUGGGCAAAAACGGCCUGCAUGGCAGAGUUCGAAGAAAAGACGAGAAGAAAACCAAAAAAACACUUGAACCAUGUGUCACUAUGUAUUCUUUACUCGCGUAUCUUGCUUGCUGCUGUAACAAGUGAAUUUCCCUGCUGUGGGAUAAAUAAAGUACAAUACAAUACAAUACAAUACAAUACAAUACAAUACAUUCAGGCUCGCCUCAAUUUUGCCAGAAAACAUCUUGAUCCCAAGACCUUUGGGAAAAUACUCUGUGGUCUGACAAGACAAAAGGUAGGGAAGGUGUGUGUCUCAUUACAUCUGGCGUAAAAGUAAAACACAUUUCAGAAAAAGAACAUCAUACCAAAAGUAAAAUAUGGUGGUGGUAGUGUGGUGGUCUGGGACUGUUUUGCUGCUUCCGGACCUGGAAGAUGUGCUGUGAUAAAUGAACCAUGAAUUCUGCUGUCUACCAAACAGUCGUGAAGGAGAAUGUCCAGCCAUGUGACCUUAAGCUGAAACGAACAGAAAGUGACAUGACUCCAAUUAAAGGCGGUUCAUGCUGAAAAGCCCUCCAAUGUGGCUGAACAACAAUUCUGCAAAGAGGAGUGGGCCAAAAUUCCUCCACAGCGCUGUAAGAGACUCAUUGCAAGUUUGAAGCUUUGUUGCAGUUGUUGUUGCUCAGGGUGGUCCAACCAGUUAUUAGGUCUAGGGGGCAAUCACUUUUUCAUACAGGACCAUGGGUUUGGAUUUUUUUCCUCCCUUAAUAAUAAAAAGUUUAAUUUAAAAAAUGCAUUUUAUGUUCAGGUGUGUUGUCAUUGACUAAUAUUUAAAUUUGUUUCACGAUCUGAAACAUUUAAGUGUGACAAAAAAAAUAAAAAAAUAAAAAAAUAAAAAAAAUAUAUAAUAUAAAAUUAUAAAAUAUAAUAUAUAAAUAUAAUAUAAAAUAUAAUAUAAAAAUAAAAAAAUCAGGAAGGGAGUAAGCACUUUUUCACACCACUGUAUACGGAUCAUUACGGUAUAGGGACUGCAUCACAGCAGCUCCAGGAAGACUAGGGAAUGAUACGAAGCAGAGUAGGUGGGGUUCUGUUUGCAAAGCAGCAGGUAGCGCGAGUAGAGUGACGGAGGGAGACACAGAAGCAAAUUUUUGGGUGGUGGUUACGCUUUGCAUUAACGUUUUGGUGUGUUUUGGCUUGAUUGCAGAGGGCUUCAAGGAGGUUGUCUGGGAAGUAAACAGGAUGUUCACAUACUAAUAUUCAUUUUCCAUCUAUUUUCUAUGCCGCUUAUCCUAAUUAGGGUCGCGAGGGUAUGCUGGAGCCUAUCCCAGCUGACUUCGGGCGAGAGGUGAGGUACACCCCGGAUUGGUCGCCAGCCAAUCGCAGGGCAUCAUUGUUUUAUAGUUCAUAGUAAAUCCCACGUCUUUUCUUCAUGUGUAUUCUUAUUCAGUAAAACCCUAGAAAAUUCAGUUUGGCUUUUGAUGCCAAAUGUCAUAACAUUUUUAGCAUUCUGUUAUUCAUUACUGAGCUUUUUAUUACUAGCGUGUGAUAUGCUUUUAUAGGUAUUUUUAUGGCAGCUUAGGAGAGCACAGCUUUCAUUUUGUUGUAUCUGUGACAAUGACAAUAAAACCUAUUCUAUUCACUAAUGCAAAGCAGCCUCCACAUGUUUAAAGUGCUGUAGUGCACAUACCGACACUUUUGCAGCUAAAACAAAACAUAAUUCCAGAUGGACUGUUACAGUUAUAGGUAUAAAAUAUUGGUAGUUGUUUUUAGUAACAUAAUAAAUAAUAAAAUGGAACACAAUCGGCCAUCCAUUAAUUUAUUUUCCCUCUGCUAUUGUAAAACAUUUGUUUAAAGUGGUGUUUUGUGGUUGAAUAUGGCCUCUUCUUAGUAAAAAAAACAAUGCAUAUUUAAGCAAAUUUGACCAAUUUCUUGCCUAAAUUAAGACAUUUCAAGCGUAAACAUGGCUAAAUGAUCUGAAAUACAAAUGUAAAGUAUUCAGAAGACACAUUCAAAGGUGCUGUGAUAAUAUGUAGUAGGGAUGAGCAAGUACACCACUAUCUAUAUCUGUAUC